CGCUCGUGGGCCGCGCGAGUGCGCUUUUCCGCGAGGGGCACGCCGGCCCCCUCGCCGCCAAUGCCGGGAAAUCGUGCAGCUCUCGGCUCAGUCUGGCUCAGCCGUCGCGGCACGACGACGUUUACACGCCUCACGCGAACACGCUAUAAUCGAACUGCACUCGUGCGGACAUAGCGCGCGCGGCCAAAAUAAGUGAGCUCGGCCGGGAGCGAAAACUCGUUGCUAUUACUAGUGGUACCUUCAGGUGGCGCGAUGCUGCCUGCGCUGGUGCUCCUGGCGCUGGCAGCCCCUCUGGGCCUGGCCGAGGCGCGUCGACAUGCACCCAACUUGCGCGAGGACGAGCCCGCAAGACGGACUAUACGUCCCGCCGAAUGUCAGUUUGGCAAGCAACCGAAGGAGCUGGGCUCUUCGUGGUAUGCCGACCUGGGUCCUCCUUUCGGCGUCAUGUACUGCAUCAUAUGUGAGUGUUUACCGGUGCAAAAAAAACGCAGGAUGGUGGCGAAAGUCCACUGCCGUAAUAUAAAGAAUGAAUGUCCCGUACCAUCGUGCGACUCACCUGUGCUACUACCCGGCAGGUGUUGCAAGACCUGCCCCGGAGAUGUCAACUCACCGGACAUAGUGCAACUGGACAGUCCAUCGGUCAUCGUUGUGGAAGAAAUACUUAGCAUGAAACAUUUUGGGGCGUUGCUGACUGGUCGAUCUCCACUAUGCAUCAGACGUGAUGACAUGACGGGAGUGCCAGUUGCCAGGGGAGUGGCUACAGCACGCUUCAUCUUCCGUCGCCGACAUCUGUUCUGGUCCGUUCAACUUGGUACUUCGAUCACGAUUAAGCCAAGAGCACUCUUGUUCUUAGAUCGGGAAGGACGAUUAUUGAUCGAACAAUCUUUAGCAAAAGUACCUGGCCUUCACGCUACGUAUGAAGAUAAAACCGAUAAGCUAUGCGGCGUUUGGCGUAGAGUACCAAGGGAAUACAAACGUCUGUUGAGAGAUGGAUCUUUAUUCAUAGCACUGAUAUGGGGCGAUGCAGAAAAUAACACUAUGGAGAGUGCCCUGAGUGGUAGAAUUGACAGAUAUCCUGCAUUAACAUCAGAAAUGUUUACGACAUUACUAGAGCCUGAACAUCUUCCUCCGCCACCGGGCAAUAGUGCCUGUGAAGACAGUUUCCAACCUGGUCAAACGAGUUUGGCCCUUACUGGUCAGCAGGAAGGAUGGGGAGGGACUGCUGUGGUAACGGGAGUGGCUGGAGCUGCUCCAAGUCUUCACUUCGCUAUUGCAUAUAAUGGCAUUUUCUCGCCUACACCACGAGAAAAGGAACAAGCUGUUCGUGUAGUGCUGACGAUGUCGGAUAAAAACCAAACCAUUAUUGACGAGAUUCAUCAAAUUGCCAAGCCGGGCUACGAAUUGAACGUCCUCGAAGUGUCCACGCCGGUUACAGCUGCUCAGCUACGCUCUUUAGCCAGAGGUCGAUUGCUUCUCUCGAUUGAGGAUAUUGCGGCACCAGAAAGACGUAUUACUGGGAGAGUGAUGCAGAAAGCUACAUGCGAAGUUUAUCAUGCACCAUUAGUUGCGGAGAGACUACCAGCGUCUUCAGUUCCUGAAGGACUAGCACUCCUUUACAUCGAUAAGGAGGGAUCACUUGUCUAUGACAUACAGAUUGACAAUUUAGAUGCAAUUGAUCCUAAAAUAACGCUGGUAGAAGAGCAAGGAAAGCGUCACUCUCAAGUGGAAAUAUUAGACACUAGGACAGGAGUACUGGCAAGGCCUAGCGCACGAAUAUUUCCUCCUCUGUACGACGAUCAACUGGCAGUACAUAUUGGCGGAGAUCUCGGUCCACCUCUACUUCGAGGUAGAUUGGUAUCCCGACCGUUGCCAGAUGCUGCCAAUGGUGGGCCCGCUUUACUGAAACGCACAGAUGCCCUCGUCCCUGUCACAGCAAAUCCUGUUGCAGGGCUCGCUUGGGUCUCUGUUGAUGCAUUAUGUGGGCUGCAUUAUGAGGUUGUUAUAACGGGUAACGUGGGCACAUGGACACCAUGGCUCGAUACCCAUGCAAUUGAUGGUGGUAACAUUAGGCCACUUGUAGGUUUUGAAGGCUGCGUCUUGGAACCUUCUCCGGCCGAACUGUUGUCCUUACAUACUGGAACUGCAUAUCUAGGCAUACGCGGCGCCGAUAACACCACGACAGUAUUGCUUACGCUGAUACCCAAGUUAAGCGUACCGAUAUCGUGUAUGGACAACACCUAUUUAAAUACGAAGUAUAUGCCCAAUACGCCCACGUACUUGAAGACGUCGUACCCACCAGACCGCCGUUUGAGUGACAUGAACCAACUUUCGAAAACUACGUCGUGCUAUUAUGAAGGAGAAUUGCACACAGAUGGAUCGCAAUGGAUAGUUCCCAAGUCUUGCACCAUCUGUGGUUGCGUAUACGGGGAAUCACGAUGUGAUCCCAUAAGAUGCCCGCCAGUACACUGCACGGUGCCCACUAUUACGCCGCCAGGGCAGUGCUGUCCUAUUUGCACUAAUUCUUCAACAGCCGUAUGGAACGAUUCUCAUGGAUGCCAUUUAGCUGGCCAGUACCAUUCUCCCGGCUCCUCGUGGCACCCAUACUUACUUCCCGAAGGUUACGACACAUGUGCUGUGUGCACGUGUGAGUAUUCAACGAGACAAGUGCGAUGUCCGAGAGUGCAUUGUCCACCGCUCAGAUGCGCCGAGAAGGACUCAUAUAGACCCGAUAAGAAGGCGUGCUGCCGAGUUUGCCCAGAGGUAAAAACGAAAAAACCGGAGGACUUAACACCAAAGGAUCAAGCUGCCCCACGGACCGCAGAAGAGAUCCUUGCCGAAGGAGGUUGCAAAUUCCCCGAUGGGCCUUUGAUGAAUGGCGUAGAAGUACAUCCAUCAAUACAUUCGCAUGGUGAACAGAGAUGUGUCACUUGCCGUUGCAAGGACGGCGAGGUGACAUGCGUACGUAAACGUUGCAACCGCGCCUUGUGCGCGCGGCGUAGACGCGGCGACGCUUGCUGCGCGUGUGCACGCCCGCGCCGCCCACGCCCGCCGCCGCCUCCGCCGCCAAGCUGAGCGACCGCGCCCGCACCCCGGACACAGUAUUACUGCGCCCGACCCCGUCUAUACCCCAGACUGCUCGUAGGCUAAGUGAGUGACUAUAGACUGAUAUAUUUUUAUGUACUCGUGCGAUUCGAAUGUGUAGGUUAAGGCUGCGCCCUGUGAUGUUGCGCUUCGAUGAAACCGCUCGACGCGUCGAGUGUGCGCGUGCUCGCUGCUGUGCAGUAGAUCGCGGCACGUGGGGCGACAGGGGUGUAAGGUUCGUCGUGGAUUUUUCGGUUUCGUCGCAGGCGACAUCUUUCGUUUGUUCGACGAGGUAGACGGUUUGCGGCGGACUGCGUGACGGCUCGGAGUCGGCCGACGGCGGAGUAGCUUUACUGUUUAAUACUGAACGACUAUGAUUAUUAUAUUUACCCACCGGUAUUUUAAUUGGUUUUAUGAGAUGUCCCGAAAUUUUGUAGGCGCAUUGUAUUAUGUCACCCAAUACUGAGAUGAUAGUGUUAGUCGUACGGCUCGACUGCUCGGUUUAUGGCAGGAAAGGUGCGAGCGCGGUCGAUAAAGAUGUGCCAUAUUUUCUUAUUGUAAAUAUAAAUUAUUACUUUAAUAUUACUUAUGUGCAUAUUUAUUUACGUUUGUAAUGUAAACAAUGAGGGAUCAUGUUACGUUCGAGUACUCAUGUUUGAUCAUCACAAACUCGCAUUAUAUGAUCGCCUUAUUUGUGCAUUUGCUUUUAGUCUUGUAUAAUUAUAAUUUAAUACCAUACAAAUUAUAGUGUAACCUGUAUUCUGAUAUUACCUAUUCUUAUUUAAUGAGUCAAUGUGUAAGUAGAUUACCCAUGUUAUUAUAUGCAGUAGAAUACUUUAUACCACAAAAUAUACCUAAUUAAAUAUUUAUUAAGUAUUUUUUUAUUUAAAGCAUAAAAUGCGCGUUAUACUAAUGAUGAACGCUUAACCCGAGUGCUUAUCGAUUGCUCAAGCGUUUGGUUAAUUAGGAAUUUGUCUUUAUAUAAGCAUGCUCAUGUAAUGUAAUACAUAUAUAGCAUUACACAAGCACGCCCUAGGACUUAAAUUUAUUUAGUGGUCUGAAAAUUGUUUAUAAAUGUCAGGCAAGAACGUAAAUGUAAAUAAAAUAUAAUAUUUCUUAUAAAUAUUAUUUUAACAUUGUAUACUAUUUUAUAAACUUAACAUAAUGGAUUGUACCGAUUUAGUUAAGCACUAUAUUAUGUCAGUUACGUGACUAGUUUUUAUUAAUUACUAGGUUAACUAAUAUUUGUAAUUAAGGAAGCUAGUCCAAAUGUUUUGAUGUGAUGGAAAUGAAUGCCAUGUAGAUAGAUUAUACGUCUGUCCAGAAUUAUUACUUAUUGAUUAAACGAGUAUAUACUUUACUUUAUUUACACAAGUGUGUACACACAAACUGCAUUUGUACGCAAGCUACAGACAGGUCUAUGGCAUUGAUGAAUUUUGUAUGACAUUAUAAUAAUAGCAAUUUUAUUGUCAAACAACACAAUAGAAGUAUAAGGAAAAUCCCAUAUAUACUAUAUGGCGUGUAUAAUCUUCUAAACAAAUUAUCUAAUUACUGACAGUUGGAAUUCAUACUAUUACUCUAAGUUCAUUUGAGUAUCAUAAAGCUGUUGCUUUAAUAUAGUAACGAGUACAUUGUAGCUUGCGUAUUUAAUAAUGCGUGUUUAUUUAAACCUCAUUAUAGUUUCAAUAUAUUAAAAAAUCGAAAUUAAAAAAAAUAUCUAACAAGGACAGAAAUGUAUUAAGGUUUUGGAAUAUUUUCAUACGCGUUGCCAAAAAUUUGUAAAGUUUUAUGAAAUAAAUUUUGUUGUUGUGGGUUCUAGUCCAUCAAAAUUUCGAGAAGGUAUAAGUAUUGUAACGGCUAUAAGAAUAUUAUUGGUUUUUUUACGUAACGAAAAUAUUAUUCAAUUAUACGAGAGUUAUCACGUUUUUAAUAUUUUUGUAUUAUCUAACAGUAGCAAAGUAGGCUCCUAUGGCUUGCAAAUAACAAACUAAUGGCCAUAAAGGAUACUAUAAAAUCGCUUGUAUUGCAUUGUUUUCUAUUUGUUAAUUAUAAGCGUUAUUCUCCCGUUUUUCGGCCUCGAGGGAAGAUUAUUAAAAAAUACAUUUUUUCGAAAAGAAAACAUAUUGUAACUUUUUGAUGUAGUUAGUGUCAUCUGGUAUUACAUAGUUUGGUUAAAUUACAUCCAGUCAAUAUUAGUUUGUAAACAGAAACAGUCCUAAUAUGAAAUAAAUCACCUGAGAAAAUAA